ACCCACGGAGUGAGACGCGCGCCUUGCCACGUGGGGAGUCUCUCGCAUCGCAGCCGUGGCGCGAACCCGCGGACAUGUGGCUCCGGGUGGGUCCCAAAUCACUCCUCGCUCUCACGGUCACCGCCACCUGCCUGCUGAUGCUGCUCGCGCUGCUGCUGCUGCUGCCGGCGCCCGGCUCCAGGAGAGCGACGGCGCCCCUGACCCCCCGCGCGCGAGACCCGACCGACGGGAGGACCCAAGCGCCCUCCGAGGGGCCGGGAGGGUCCCGCGGAGCGCCGUCGGGCCCCGUGCACGUGGAGAUGACCCGGGCGUGGGAGCGCUGGACCCGUCGGCGCAGCGACGGCGCAGGCACGACGCCCCCCCGGGGGCAGCUGCUGUGCGCGCUGCGGGAGCUGUCUCGGCGCGGCACCGAGGUGCUGCGGUGCCACCGGGCGGCCGGGGCGCCGGGGCGCGACGCGCUGCCCGCGGUGUCCCUCGCCCGGCAGCUGGCGGGGAGGUGGCGGCGAUGCGCCGUGGUGAUGAACGCGGGCUCCCUGCUGCGCGCUCAGCUGGGAGCGGAGAUCGAUGGCCACGACGCGGUCAUGCGCUUCAACUCGGCACCCACGGCCGGCUAUGAACUUCACGUGGGCACCAAGACCUCCAUUCGCCUCAUCAACUGGCAGAUCGUAAAUCAGGAGGAGUUCGACUUUGAGACGAGCGAGCUGUACAGAGACAUCAUUCUGGUCUUGUGGGGCCCCCCUCCAUAUACCUGCACUGAGAAAAACCAGCGGCAGUGGAAGGGCCAUGUGAAUAUCACGUUCCCAGCGCUCGACGCGUACAUGAAGCGCAGACGCGAGCGGCCUCGACAGCCGUUCUACCUUCUGCACCCGUGCUUCCGCCGGGGUUUGUGGGAUCUGAUGCAGAGCAACGUGGGGCACGGGGAGCACAUCUUGGCAAACCCCAUCUCGUCGGGGCUUCUGGGAGUGGCGCUGAUGAUGAGCCUGUGCCAGGAGGUGACCGUCUACGACUUCAUCCCCCCGCGGGGCCGUGCCUCGCAGCAGUGCCACUACUUCGAGCCCGCAAGGAACCCGCAGUGCACCCUGGGUGCCUGGCACCCCCUCAUGCAGGAGAAGCUGCUGGCGAUGCACCUCUCAAACCAGCCGGCCCAGCACGCCUUCCAAAGCGGGCGUCUCGCCAUGCCCGGUCUGGCCAACCUCACGUGUUCCCCUCGGCAUGAAUAGAUACGCGCGACCCUAGGGCUCCUUUGUCCGUCUUACCCGAUGUAUGGAACCUCUGAUUGAAUGUAUCCACGUUGCAGUUCAAUCGACCGAUGGUGAUGACAACUGGCAGGUUUGGGAAAUCUUACCUGCCCGGUCUGGGUGAACUCACGUUCUCUGCGGUGAGCAUUGUGGGCCACAGGGUGCACCGUGGUAACAAGUGCCUCGUUUAUAGAAGUACAGUACAGUAAUACCUCGAUAUGCGAUGUGGUUGCGUUCCUGGAGCUGCUUUUGUAUUAUUGAAACUUCAUACAUUGAAUAAUUUAUAACAUUAGUACUAUGCGAAUGCGUUCCCAGCCUUUCAAUUUUACAAUUUCAUACUAUAAACACUUAAUAAAUUAUCAUUCACGUUUUGAACGAAGUACAUUUAUAUUGAAAAUUAUAUAUUGUAUAUUGAACAGGAUUAACAUUAAAAACUGAUGAAAGUAAAAUAAAUAUAGCGUGCUGUAAAAUAUAUUCCCACUUGCCAGUGCAGUCUUGGGUGCGGUCAUGAUGUUGUCUUGCCCACCAAACACCGUAGCUCCAUAGAUGGCUUCAUUUCGGUAUGUUCAAUUUGACUUAAUAUUUAACUUUCUGCGAAAAAUAAUGGUAACGAAUACAAAGUUCAUCAUACCAUUUCAUGCUAUAAACACUUCGUAACUUAGCAAUCACGUUAUAAACGGAGAACAUUUCUAUUGAAAAUAAUGUUUUAUACUGCAAAGGAUUAACAUUAACAAUUGACAUAAGUAAGAGAAAUAUAGUGUGCUGUAAAAUAUAUUCACACUUGGCAUUGUAGUCUUGGGUGCAGUCAUGUUGUCUCCACCAAACACCAUAGCUCCGUCGAUGGCUUCAUAUCGGUAUAUUUAUUGAAAUUGACUUAACAUUUAGCUAUCUGUGUAAAAUAAUGGUAACGAAUACAAAGUUCAUCAUACCAAACUUCGUUCGUCGAGUAUAUGCACAUCGAGGUAUUAACUGAACGUGGGUUUGAUUCGUGAUUCGGGAACCUUUUUCCGUGUGGACUUUCCUUGUUCUCGUCGUGCUCUGUAUGGGUCUCCUCCUGGGUUCUCCGGUUACCUCCCACAGUUCUAAACACAUUCAGUGUCUUUGGGCUUGGCCAAAGAGCUAAAUGCAGGACCCUCUUGAAAACGUCAGCGAAAUGCUACAGAGGUAAAUGUAAUCAUGCACUUGGUGGGGGAGGGGUGUAAAGUUUAUAACACCAGACUUGCUGUGCAGAGGUCAAUUCAAAUCGCACCUCCGAUUAGCACGGUUGGCUACGUAUGGUGCAAAAGCAGUUCUGCAUGCAUACACAAACAAGAAAUACAUUUGGCGAUAUGCAUUUCUAUACGUGUACAACACCGACAACCCAUACCUGUCAACCCCUCAUCAGUGCCUACCUUAUUGCAGACCAAUUUAGAUCUUAUUGGUCACCUCUUGCACUUGUACAUAUCAAUGUGCAUCCUGUAAGGUCUCAUCACAAGCGAGAAACACAAACAGACAGACACAUUUUUUUUGCCCGUAUUCAAACGGCUGUAAGCCGUAUGGACCUGAGAACUCCAUUUCCCUGGACAACAAUACGGGUAAAUCGUAUGGGUGGAAAGGUGUGGAUAACCUAUUGCUCCACCGUUUUGUCCAUGUGUUCACCGGUAAUGUUAUCUCAUGUAGGAUUUAUUUAUAGGGCUUUUAUCAAAGCGCUUGACAAGAAUGAAAAAUUGUUUUGGCUGAUAAGGAAAUGGGGUGGGAUAGAAGUGAAUAUAAUAUAUAGAAGUGAACCAAGUCACACUUCUAAAUCACUAAUAUCCUUACACGUAAAAAUGACUAACAGCGUCUCUACAGAUCACUGGAAUAUAAUCGACACAAUUACACAGCAAUCCGCUGAUAAUGUAUUGAAGAAAACUAACACUACCCAAAUGAACAAAUUUGCGAGACUGACUAACAAACAACUCUAAACUAAAAAUGAACAUUUUAUAAACAAAACGGUUAUCAACAUGACGAACGUUGAAUUAUCCAGCGAUAUGAUUUCAGUCCUGUCUCAAGGUAUUAACUUUGCUGUUGCCCCACGUACAAUCCCUGUCGAUGAGAUCAUUGCUGAAGUGGAAUCAGCAGUUAUACAUCUCCCUCAUAAUCAAGCUGAGAUGACUAGAUAGGAGGUUGCCAAAAUAAUUGAGAACAGCAAAUUGCCAAAAACAAAUAUUAACUUCAGUGAAGCAAAAGCCUUCAGAGAACUGAGAGCAAAUAAAGAUAUCCAAAUUCUUGCUGCUGAUAUAGGCCGAUCAACUGUUGUGCUACUCCAUGAGGACGACGAUAAUAAAACCAAAGAGUUACUCGGUGAAGGUACCUACCUUAAAAUUAAAUGAGAUCCAACCGGCACCUUGGAAGGUAAAACAACGGCAAUCAUUUCCAAGUCAUCAAUUCCCAAGGAAGAGCAAUACCUGAUCAAACCAAGGGCCUCAAAACCACCAAGACUUUAUGGGCUACCAAAAUCUCACAAACCUGAUGUUCCAUUAAGACCCAUACAGUAGUUAGUACAAUAGGCUCUGCCACGUACAAAUCAGCACAAUACGUAACGAAACAAAUAUAGCCCCACAUCGUUAGGACCGCUUCGUUCAUCAAAAACUAUGAACAUCUCGUAAAUAUAAUAAAAGAUAUUAAGCUUAACCCUAAUGAUGUUCUCGUAAGUUUUGAUGUUACUUCUCUGUUCACGAGGGUUCCGGUCAACGAGUCAAUUCAAUUACUCGACACUGGUAAUAAACAAAGGUUUAGCCAAAGAUAUCCCAAGACUAGCUGAACAACGUCUAAAUAACACCUACUUCUUGUGGCAAGGUGACUUCUAUGAAAAAAGGAAGGAGCAGCAAUGGGCUCUCCUUUGUCUCUCGUGAUAGCGACUUUGUACAUGAAAGAUUUUGAAACAAAAGCAAUAGCUUCAAGCACACUAAAAACACCUGCUUGGUUUAGAUAAUUGGAUGACACAUUGGUGGUCUGGCCACAAGGCAAAGAUACACUAAACGCAUUUAUAAAUCAUCUCAACUCGCACAACCCAUCCAUCCACAUUUGAAGUGGAAGCUGACAGAAUUCUACCAUUUCUGGAUAUUCUUCUCGGACGGGGUCGAAAUGGUAAAAUAAUACACAG